GAAUGUCUUAUUGACGUGGACCAACACAAAGUGGUGGGCUAAAUUUUCCCAAAGAAAAACCCCAUUGGUAGUUAUUUCGACCUUUAACCCAGUUUUUGAUUGGUUGCUAAAUAGAAUAAGUAUUACAAUUUCAAGGAUGUUUUUACAUGACGUCGUGGGGUUUUCAUAGGACAUGGCAGCUGACAGAGCGAGGCUGGUUGUGUUCACAUGUCUGGUCACGUGUCUGGUCACGUGUGUGUCUGCUGCGUUCGGGGGAGAUGGAGAGGAGCCCAGUUCACCGGGGACGUUCAUUAAGUUUCUUCACCUGACUGCUAUCUCCUCACAUGUCGGGAUGCAAAUAUGGGUGUCAUUCGUAUCAGCCUUUCUUCUGUUGAAAAUCACGCCCAGGCACACAUUUAGUCACAUACAAGGUUACAUGCUUCCAGCGUAUUUAGGGCUAGGAUCUGCCUUAGAGGCCGUUGCCUUAGCAACCUUUAUAUAUGCCCAUAACAGUUGGGUCUGGGAUUGGAGUGUGAAGGUCCAGGUUUCCGCUUUAGCAGUGUCCCUGGUCUUCGCCUUGGUCGACCUCGUCUACGUUAUCCCCGUGAACAAGGAACUCAUUGACAGAAUGAAAAAAAUAGAGCGCGAUAACGACAUCGGGAGUGUUGUCGUGGCAACAAGCUCGGCAGAACGCGAGCGGAUCUCCGAGUUGAGGGCUCGUGAUGUGACGUAUGCAGGAACCUACAAAAGGUUUGUCAAAUGGCACUUGCUCAGUUCUUUGCUGAAUAUUACUGGAAUAGCAGCCAAUCUGCUUUAUUUGUUCUACAUGGCUUCCAGGUCUCAGAGUCUGUGAUACUAGGAAUCUGGGACGGAUUUUAUGAGGAAUGUAGUUUGGUUCAACAGAGAACAAGGAAUGACGUAGAUUUACAAGUAACAAGCCUAUUGUUUCUGUGGUCUAAAGAGGACAUCUACAUUGUAUAUACAUUAGAUUUGCUUCAAAAAUAACCAGAUUUAGGCAAUUGGAAUUUUCCUUUGGUGAGCCCUUUUUGUCCCGGGGAAACUAGGCAGAACACUUUUAUUGACAAUUCGAUAUUGUACACAGUUUAGAGGCAUCGUAAUAAAAGAGUAAUUUAACGAAAUAACAGACGUGCAAUAAAUCAUUUUAC